AUGGUAAUCAAAAGGCAGACUGAUAUGAUUCGAGCAUGGAGCGGUUACUUGACGUUCAUUCUUGUCUUCGUACAGAUUGGAAGCGAUUGGCUCAGCUGCAAUCACAUGACAGAGUGCACAUGCAAAUGGGCGUCAGGAAAAAAAACAGCAUCCUGUGUUUCAGCAGGUUUGAAACAACUACCAAAAUUAGCGUCAGACAUCCAAGUUCUAAAUCUACAUGGAAAUCCACUAAUGACAUUAGAAGAAGAUGCUUUUACAAACAUAGAACUGUUAAACCUUCAACGAUUGAACCUCAGCUCAACAAGUUUACAGACUUUACAUGCAAAUGCAUUCCGGGAUCUGCGAAUAUUGAUAGAAUUAGAUCUAUCGCAGAACCAACUCCUCCAACUAUCACCUAAUACAUUCAAAGGCGCUGAGCGCUUGCGGGUACUGAUCCUUAACGGUAACCCUUUGAGCGUUUUAGUUGCAGAGCAGUUCCCUCCGUUGAAAAGUUUGAGGAAAUUAGAAAUAUCACGAAGUAAGCUUCGUUCAGUACACCCAUUUGCAUUUGUCAAUCUUCAGUCACUAGAAACCGUCAAUAUACACCAAAACUUACUAACAUAUCUCCACCAAGAUACUUUCAAUCUACCGUUACUAAAAACUCUUACAUUGUCCGAUAAUCCUUGGUAUUGUGAUUGUCGGUUAAGGGAAUUUCAUGAUUGGUUUCUCAAUAGUAACUUAGGAAACGAAGAAGUCAUCUGUGGUGGCCCAGAAAAACUAGAGGAAAUGUCAUGGAGAUUUCUGAAACGAGACGACUUUGUGUGCCCGCCUUAUGCAACAUCUUCGCCGACAGUCAUUAGGACAGAAACAGGAGCUGAAAUAUCAUUCGGUUGCUUUGUUAGAGGUGAUCCUAAACCUACAGUGACCUGGUCAUUUCAUCACAUAGAGAUAAACAACAGUACGGACAAACAAAGUGAUAUUAUAAUCAAUAAGUAUCAAUUAGAUAAUUUCGAUGAGUAUAACGACGAUUUCUUGAAUAAAAGUGCGCAGUGGGUUAACUUGACUAUUACGAAUGUGACUAGUGACUUGUCAGGAGAGUGGAAAUGUAGUGCUAAAAGUCCUGUAGGAGAAGCAAAUGCUUAUCUAACACUUUUUCUACCUAAAGCCAGGACAGCAACGGCGAGAGUUGCGCCUGAUUAUUCUGCGUUUUUUUUAAUAGGUGGAUCAUUGCUCGCUAUGACAACUGCUGGAUUUAUAACAACGUGCAUUUGUUGGAAAACUAAACGGCGGAGAGUGCCACCGAGUAGAAGCUUUACAGAUCAAGAAAAAAAAUUACUAGAUACAUCUCUAGCAGUGAGCUGUGACAGAACAAGUGGAGACCUGGGAUCUUCAUACGGCUUUGAAAUGUUAGAUAGAUCCAUUUCUAUGGAGUCUGAUGAUGCACGAUGUUUGGAACCUGUGCAAAUUACAAUAGAGGGCCCGCCUGGAUCCUUUCCUCCACCUCCUGCAGAAUUUGCUUUGCCUGCCCCAUACGGUAAUAUAUUCAUUUCUGUCCAAGUAUCUGGCCACAAUGAUGAGUAUCCUGAUCUCUUAGGAGGAGGUGCAACAUUACCUAGGAGAAGUAGAACAUGUUUCUUAAAAUCUGCUUAUGACAAUAUGGGUCCGCGAAUCACAGCUGCUGGUAGUUCAACCUGGUCUCUUCCAGGUGCUAAUGGUGAUAAAAAUAUUGAUAAAGAUCCAUUAAGUGGUCCAUUAUCAACUUUUUCUACUGAAUUUACAGCUUUGUAAGUUUUUGGUGAUUUUAUCAUGUCUGUUACAUAUUCCAUAUGGCAUAUG